AUGAUGUUUACCGGAAGGAGGGCAGCGCAGGUGGCGGUGCUUGUCGCUACACAGGCAUGGCGUGGGGAUACGGAAUGCGCGUUCAGGUUAGACGGACAUCUGGACAUCACGCAACCUCUCACGCUGAUCGCGCCAUACGUGGACCCGGGCAGCGGCUACAGGCUCAUCAACCCCUACAACCCUAUCGUGUACCUAGUGAACGAGAACGUCUACGACCGAUACCAGGUCAACUGUAGCGUUGACUCCUGGCGAUAUCUGCUUGACAACAACGUGACGUACGCGACCAAUGUCACCUUCCCCGAUGCGAACGCCACAGAGAACGCUACAGAGGUGUCGGUCCCGGGGCUUUUCGCGGCCGAAUCGCACGAGCUCUUCAUCGACUCCUACUCGGCGGACAAGGCGGUGGCUAUCUCGGACUCGCUGUUCGGCCGGACGAUAGAGGUCGCGCUCUCGUGCGACCAGGUGCAGACGGUGACGGCGGAGGACUCGUGCUUGCAGUUCCAGCUGAACUUCACCAACGGCAGCCCCGAGGUUGACAAGGAGCUGCUUGAGAGCGCCCUCUACCGCUUCCAAGAGCCGGCGGUGCCGGGUGUCGUGCUGCCCCUCGCCGGCGCCUACUCUCCGGGAGAUGUCUGGCUCAACGAGGGCAACCCGAUCGUCGACAUCGACGGGAGUGUAACCGACGAAGGCUGCAACGGGGAAGUGUCAGAGUACUUGGGAGAAGACGGAGAGUGGUACUACUAUUUCACGGGCAGCGACGGCAAUGCCUACAACAUGACACACGUCUUCUACGCCACGGAGCAGGACCACCUCAACGUCGCCAAAAUCCAGGCGCCCUGGAGCCCCAACCUUGAGCGCGCCCUGUUCAACCGAACGGUACGGAUGUCGAUUUACUGCAACAACGUCAACGAGCGAGAGGACGGUUACGUUAUCUUCAAGGUGGGGGACGGAAACGGCUACUUCGACAUCAACGUCGCGGAUUACGAGGCCAUCCUGACGGACAGCGGGUCCACCGCGUUCGCCACGCCCUGGGGAGGGGGCGCGGCCGGCCGCGGCUGGCUCUCCUCGGCGUUUACGUUCGUCGUUGUGGGAGCGCUGACCGCGUGGGUCGGCAAGCUUUCGGAAGGCUCCUAG